AUGAGGAGAUUUUCAAAGGUGAUAGGGGAGCUGGGGCUAAGGGAUUCUCCACUAAUUAGAGGUCCCUUCACUUGGAUAGGGGGUUUGAACUCUCAAGCUGCCUCUAGAUUAGACCGUUUCUUGAUUUCGAAUCAAUGGGAGGACCAUUUUUCAGCCAUCACACAAUCAGCUCUACCUCGUAUGGUCUCCAAUCACAGCCCCAUAGUCCUAGAAGCUGAAGGUUUCUCUUCAGGAAAAAGCCCCUUCCGUUUUGAAAAUAUGUGGCUGAAAAUAGAUGGAUUCAAAGACCUAGUAAGAAGCUGGUGGAAUGGGUAUUCUAUAGAAGGCUAUAGCAGUCACUGCAUUGCUAAGAAACUCAAAGCGCUUAAGAAGGACCUGAAAAUAUGGAACAAGGAGGUGGUAGGCAACGUCUCUUCCAAUAGAGCAGAGGCCUUCGCUCACCUGCAGUGUUGGGAAGCCAAGGAGAAGGAGAACCCUCUUAAUCCUAGAGAUAUGGAGGCUAAAAAUUUGGCUCUUAAGGACUAUAAGAUAUGGGCCCUUAUGGAAGAAACUUCUUGGAAGCAGAAGUCAAGAGAAAUUUGGUUAAGAGAAGGCGACAAAAAUAUCAAAUAUUUCCACAAAAUGGCCAAUGCUAGGGCAAGGAAGAACUUCUUGUCUAAAAUUAGAGUGAAUGGGGUGACUCUCUCUUCCAUUGAAGAUAUAAAAGAUAGUGUUUGUAAAACCUACCUGUCCUUCCAUUUAAUUUCAAGGAGCUGGGAGAAGGAGUGGCCAACAGCCUGGAAGUUAUGUUCUCUGAGGAAGAAAUCUUUGCAGCCCUUAGCAGCUGCUGUGGGGACAAAGCCCCAGGCCCAGACGGCUUCACAAUGGCAUUCUGGUUGUUUUGUUGGGACGUUGUUAAACCAGAAAUUUUGGGUCUCUUCAGGGAGUUUUAGCUCCAUGGAACCUUCCAGAGAAGCUUAA